AUGACGAUUCAGAGAUUUGUGUUGGCAGUGGCCUACCUAUUAACAGGUGUGAUACUAGUAUCUGGAUCACCCGUGGGAGAAUGUCCACCAGUGGAUCCGCUGGACCACACUGACCAUCUACCGGACGACAAAAACUGUUCAGUGUUCUAUAAAUGCGAUCAUGCAGCUCCAGUGUUAUUUGUGUGUCCUGACGAACUUCAUUUCAAUAAAGUACUAGAGGUAUGUGACUGGCCAGACGUAGCUGGGUGCACUGCGAGUACAGACGCUAGUUCCACUGCAGCGCCAACUGCAGCUCCAACUGCUGGAUCCACCCCAGCGGAGGCAUGUCCAGCGGUCGGCACGUGUCCACAAUAUGAAGAUGAAAACUCGAUUGCUAAGCAUCUUCCACAUACUACAAACUGCAGUCAGUUCUGCAAAUGUGAUCAUGGUAAACCUGUCACUAUGGACUGCCCAGCUGGACUGCACUUCAAUGCUGUUCUGGAGGUCUGUGACUGGCCACAAAAUGCUGGAUGUUCUGGUGGCUCUGGAAGCACGUCAAAUCCUACUAGUUCCACACCUUCAUCAAGCAGUGCAGCCACCACUCAGGCUCCUACUUCAGCACCAAGUUCAACUGCCAAACCUACCACAGCUGCACCAAGCACAACUGCAAAGCCUACCACAGCGUCACCAACCACAACAGCUCAACCAACUACAGCUGCACCAAGCUCUUCGCCAACUGCAGCACCCAGCUCACCAGCAACGUCAGCCCCAUCUGGAAACUGCCCAGCAAUUGGUGUCUGUCCUCAAUAUGUAGAUGAGAAUUCAAUAGCAAAACAUCUUCCCCAUGCCUCAAACUGCAGUCAAUUCUGCAAAUGUGAUCAUGGUAAACCUGUCACUAUGGAUUGCCCAGCUGGACUACACUUCAAUGCUGUUCUUGAGGUGUGUGAUUGGCCACAAAAUGCUGGAUGUUCAGGUGGUUCUGGAAGCACGUCAAAUCCAACUAGCUCCACACCUUCAUCAAGCAGUGCUGCCACCACUCAGGCUCCUACUUCGUCACCAACAGCCAAACCUACCACAGCUGCACCAAGCACAACAGCUGACCCUACCACAGCUGCACCAACAACAGCUGACCCUAGCACAACUGCCAAGCCUACCACAGCUGCACCAACCACAACAGCUCAACCAACCACAGCUGCACCAAGCUCUUCGUCAACUGCAGCACCCAGCUCACCAGCAACGUCACACCCAUCUGGAGACUGCCCAGCAAUCGGUGUCUGUCCUCAAUAUGAAGAUGAGAAUUCAAUAGCAAAACAUCUUCCCCAUGCCUCAAACUGCAGUCAGUUCUGCAAAUGUGAUCAUGGAAAACCUGUCACUAUGGAUUGCCCAGCUGGACUACACUUCAAUGCUGUUCUAGAGGUGUGUGAUUGGCCACAAAAUGCUGGAUGUUCUGGUGGCUCUGGAACCACAUCAAAUCCUAAUAGUUCGACAUCUUCAUCAAGCAGUGCUGCCACUACUCCGGCUCCUACUUCAGCACCAAGCACAACAGUCAAACCUACCACAGCUGCACCUAGCACAACAGUUCAGCCAACCACAGCUGCCCCAACGACAACAGGCCAGCCAACCACAGUAGCACCAACCACAACAGCUCAGCCAACCACAGCUGCACCAAGCACUACAGCCAGACCUACCACAGCUGCACCAACCACAACAGCUCAACCAACCACAGCUGCACCAACCUCUUCAUCAACGGCAGCACCUAGCUCACCAGCAACAUCAGACCCAUCUGGAGAUUGUCCAGCAGUUGGUGUCUGUCCUCAAUAUGAAGAUGAGAAUUCAAUAGCAAAGCACCUACCCCAUGCCUCAAACUGCAAUCAGUUCUGCAAAUGUGAUCAUGGUAAACCUGUCACUAUGGAUUGCCCACCUGGACUGCAUUUCAAUGCUGUUCUCGAAGUGUGUGACUGGCCACAAAAUGCUGGAUGUUCAGGUAGCUCUGGAACGACGUCAAAUCCAACUAGUUCCACACCUUCAUCAAGUAGUGCUGCCACUACUCAGGCUCCUACAUCAGCACCAAGUACAACAGUCAAACCUACCACAGCUGCACCUAGCACAACAGACGAACCUACCACAGCUGCACCUAGCACAACAGCCAAGCCUACCACAGCUGCACCUAGCACAACAGCCAAGCCUACUACAGCUCAACCAACCACAGUGGCACCAAGCUCUUCGUCAACUGCAGCACCCAGCUCACCAGCAACGUCUGUCCCAUCUGGUGACUGCCCAGCAGUCGGCGUCUGUCCUCAAUAUGAAGAUGAGAAUUCAAUAGCAAAACAUCUUCCCCAUGCCUCAAACUGCAGUCAAUUCUGCAAAUGUGAUCAUGGUAAACCUGUCACUAUGGAUUGCCCAGCUGGACUACACUUCAAUGCUGUUCUGGAGGUGUGUGACUGGCCACAAAAUGCUGGAUGUUCUGGUGGCUCUGGAACCACGUCGGAUCCUACUAGUUCCACACCUUCAUCAAGCAGUGCUGCCACUACUUCAGCACCGAGCACAACAGUCAAACCUACCACAGCUGCACCUAGCACAACAGUUCAGCCAACCACAGCUGCACCCAACACCACAGCCAAACCUACCACAUCUGCACCAACCACAACAGUUCAGCCAACCACAGCUGCACCCAGCACCACAGCCAAACCUACCACAGCUGCACCAACUACAACAGUUCAGCCAACCACGUCUGCACCUAGCACCACAGCCAAACCUACCACAGCUGCACCCACCACAACAGCUCAACCAACCACAGCUGCACCAAGCUCUUUGUCAACAGCAGCACCUAGCUCACCAGCGACAUCAGACCCAACUGGAGAUUGUCCAGCAGUUGGUGUCUGCCCUCAAUACGAAGAUGAGAAUUCAAUAGCAAAACAUCUACCUCAUGCCUCAAACUGCAGUCAGUUCUGCAAGUGUGAUCAUGGUAAACCUGUCACAAUGGAUUGUCCAGCUGGACUACACUUCAACGCUGUUUUGGAGGUGUGUGACUGGCCACAAAAUGCUGGAUGUUCUGGUGGCUCUGGAACGACGUCAAAUCCAACUAGUUCCACACCUUCAUCUAGCAGUGCUGCCACUACUCAGGCUUCUACUUCUGCUCCAAGUUCAACACACCUGCCGCACAGAACAAACUGUGGGUUAUACUGUAGGUGCAACCAUGGUGUACCAAUUACGGAAAAAUGUCCAGAUGGCCUACAUUUCAAUGCAAAGCUGGAAGUAUGUGACUGGCCAUCUGAUGCUGGAUGUCAAUAA